UGAAUCAGAUGUACCUGAAGAAAGCAAUGUGUCUGUGAAGAGAAACCAACAAAAUGAACUUUCAGAUCUCUGCAGACAGGAAAACUCUUCUGUUGAGCCCAGAAGCCCAUGCGAGAGAGGAUACGUCAUCAUCGUACAGGGCGGAGAACAGCGACGCAGGUAUUAACAAAUGGACAGAUGAGACACAGAGUGACUGAUGAAGGAAUGCUGCCAUCAAAGGCUCUCAAUCUUCUGUGGUGGAGCAGGACCUGCAAGGAAAGGUGAUGGCAGCAUUUGUGAGAAAAAAGGGGGAAAACCUGGAAAAAAAUUAUAAAGAUCUGAAAUGUCCGCAGACCGCUGUGUGCAGUGAGGAUGGAGAAGUCCACAGCAGCGUCCUGGAAAUGGUCCAGUGCCAUCACUCUACCUGCCCUUACUGCAGUCAUGUUGCUGCUUCAUCAUCAGUAGUCGUGCUCAUGGAGAGCAGGCACCCAAAUGUUUGGAGCACACACAGCGAUAGCCAGAUUGUCCCGCACAUGUUCUCCUGCUCUUGCCUCAAGAUGUGUGGUUCAUCAUGGUCUUCCUCAUCCUCUCUGUGCACUCAGGCAAGGACAGCCUCAAUGUCUCUUUCCCAUCCAUGAUCAGAUUCCAGUAUCACAGCAGCAAUGAGGGAUGUGAUGGAUGGCAGUGACAGUCUAUGGCAGAAUGAAUCUCCUGAACCCAGCUGUGUGUCCAUGAAGAGUGACAGGUCAAAGAAACACCCCAUUGAAUUCAGUUUGCAAGAUUCAUUUGCUGAUCUGAGUCAAAAACAGGAGAUAUCAGAAUCAUAUAUAGGAAAGAAGAACUUGGAAUCCACUUUCAAGGAGCUUGAAUGCAAAAUCAUAUCUGUGAUGAAAAGUGAGUUAGAAUGGUUUAAGAGACUUUUGAGUCCAGAUUACACAGAAUACUCUGAAAGAGACCAUUAUGAUGAUGAGGAUCAUAGCAGAGUCAGAGAGGGGCUUCUGAAGAUCACACUGCACUUCCUGAGGAAGAUGAACCAGACAGACCUCGCUAACACACUACAGACCAAACUGAUGCCUGUGUAUCAACAAAAACUCAAAUCCAGACUACAGGAUAAAUAUCAGAGAAUCAAUGAAGGAAUGUCCAAUCAUGGAGACUCAACACGUCUGAAUGAGAUCUACACAGAGCUCUACAUCACAGAGGGAGGCAGUGGAGAGGUCAAUAAUGAACAUGAGGUGAGACAGAUUGAGACAGUGUCCAGGAGACCAGAGACACAGGAGACACCAAUCAACUGCAAUGACAUAUUUAAACCCUCACCUGGACAAGACAAACCCAUCAGAACUGUGCUGACUAAAGGAGUCGCUGGAAUUGGAAAAACAGUCUCUGUGCAGAAGUUCAUUCUGGACUGGGCUGAAGGAAAAGCCAAUCAGGAUGUUCAUUUCAUAUUUCCACUUCCUUUCAGGGAGCUGAAUUUGCUACAGAAAAAUCUCAGUCUUGUGGAUCUUCUAAACCACCUUCACACAGAAACCAAAGAAUUUAAGUCAGCAGAUUACGAUGACUACAAAGUCAUGUUCAUAUUUGAUGGUCUGGAUGAGUGUCGACUACGUCUAGAUUUCCAAAAUAAUCUGAGCUUGUCUGAUGUAACAGAAUCAGCCUCAGUGGAUGUGCUGCUGACCAACCUCAUCAAGGGGAAUCUACUUCCUUCUGCUCUCCUCUGGAUCACCUCUCGACCAGCAGCAGCCAAUCAGAUCCCUCCUGAGUGUGUCAACCAGGUCACAGAGGUACGAGGAUUCAACGAUCCUCAGAAGGAGGAAUAUUUCAGGAAGAGAAUAAAUGAUCAGAGUCUGGCUGAUAGGAUCGUCACACACAUCCGAUCAUCUAGAAGUCUGUUCAUCAUGUGUCACAUCCCAGUCUUCUGCUGGAUUUCAGCCGCUGUUCUGGAGAGGAUGAUGGGUAAAGCAGAGAGUGCAGAGAUUCCCAAGACUCUCACACAAAUGUUCACACACUUCCUGAUCUUUCAGACCAAACUGAAGACUCAAAAGUAUGAUGGGAAACGUGAACUUGAUCCUCGUCAGGCUAGAAAGACUAUUCUGUCUCUAGGAAAACUGGCUUUUGAACAGCUGGAAAAAGGGAACCUGAUCUUCUAUGAGGAGGACCUGAAAGAGAGCGGCAUUGAUGUCAGAGAAGGGUCAGUGUACUCAGGAGUUUGUACCCAGAUCUUCAGAGAGGAGUUUGGACUGCAGCUGGGGAAGGUGUACAGCUUUGUUCAUCUGAGUGUUCAGGAGUUUCUUGCUGCUUUAUUCAAGCUGCUGUCCUUUUCUGAACAGAACACAGGACUGAUGAAUGAGUUCCGGUCACCAAUGACCAGUUUACUGAAGGGAGAAGUGGACAAGGCCUUACAGAGUGAGAACGGACAUUGGGACCUUUUCCUCCGGUUCCUUCUAGGUCUCUCACUAGAGUCUAAUCAGACUCUCUUACAAGGCCUCCUGAGAAAGACAGUAAGCAGCUCUGAUAUCAAUCAGGAAACAGCUGAAUACAUCAAACAGAAGAUCAAGGAGAAUCCCUCUCCAGAGAAAUCCAUCAACCUGUUCCACUGUCUGAAUGAACUGAAUGAUCGUUCACUAGAGCAGGAAGUCCAAACGUAUCUGAGCAGAACAGGUGCCAGUCGUCUCUCUGGAGUCAAACUGUCUGCUGCUCAGUGGUCGGCUCUGGUGUUUGUGCUGUUGAACUCAGAAGAAGAGAUGGAUGAGUUUAAACUGAAUAAAUAUGAUCCAUCAGAAGAAUGUCUUCUGAUGCUGCUGCCAGUAAUUAAAGCAUCUAGAAAGGCUGAUCUUUCCAGCUGCAGUAUUACGCAGAAAGGUUGUGCUGCUCUGAUUUCAGCUCUGAGAUCAAACCCCUCACAUCUGACAGAACUGAAUCUGAACUAUAAUGAACCAGGAGAUUCAGGCGUGAAACUGCUCUCUGCUGUACUAAAUGAUUCACACUGUAAACUGGAGGAACUACAGCUGCGUUACUGCAGUAUUGGAGAGGAAGGCUGUGCUGCUCUGAUUUCGGCUCUGAGAUCUAACCCCUCACACCUGAGAGAACUGAAUCUGAGCUUUAAUAAACCAGGAGAUUCAGGAGUGAAGCUGCUGUCUGCUCUACUGGAGGAUCCACACUGUAAACUGGAGAAACUACAUCUUUCCAGCUGUGGUAUUACACAGAAAGGCUGUGCUGCUCUGAUUUCAGCUUUGGGAUCAAACCCCUCACACCUGACAGAACUGGAUCUGAAUGGCAAUAAACCGGGAGACUCAGGAGUGAAGCUGCUCUCUGCUCUACUAAAGGAUCCACACUGUAACCUGGAGAAACUACUGCUAUGUAACUGCAGUAUUGGAGAGGAUGGCUGUGCUGCUCUGAUUUCAGCUCUGAGAUCAAGCCCCUCACACCUGAGAGAACUAGAUCUGAGCAAUAAUAAACCAGGAAACUCAGGAGUGAAGCUGCUCUCUGCUCUACUGGAGGAUCCACACUGUAAACUGAAGAAACUACAGCUUUGUUACUGCAGUAUUGGAGAGGAAGGCUGUGCUGCUCUGAUUUCAGCUCUGAGAUCAAACCCCUCACACCUGAGAGAACUGAAUCUGAGCCGUAAUAAAGCAGGAGACUCAGGAGUGAAGCUGCUCUCUGCUCUACUGGAGGAUCCACACUGUAAACUGGAGAAACUACAGCUGUGGAGCUGCAGUAUUGGAGAGGAAGGCUGUGCUGCUAUGAUUUCAGCUCUGACAUCAAACCCUUCACACCUGCGAGAACUGAAUCUGAGUGAUAAUAAACCAGGAGACUCAGGUGUGAAGCUGCUUUCUACGCUACUGGAGGAUCCACACUAUAAACUGGAGAAACUAGAUAUUUGACUAAUAACAGUCACACUCAUAGUGGAAAAAAGCUCUGAACAAGUGAAUCAAAACAACAUUUCCUGAACAAGAUUGUCAUCUGGAUGAAUGCAGAUACUGAUCCAGUAGUAUCAUUUGUGAUAUAUUUAAGCUGAUUUGUUUCUUACUGUGUAUAUUUUAAAAGUGAUAAUGUCAAUAUAUAAUAAUAUUUUUGAGUUCUAGGAUUUUUAACCCUCUAAGCACCAAAGUCGCAAAAUUGCAACAAGACGUCAUACUUCAUUAAACAAACUAUAGUUCUUAAUAUGGUGUAAUAUCUCAUUUGUAUUCCCUACCACUAGAUGGCAGAUAUGUAGUACUUCGAUUCUAGACCAAAAUUGUUCGAGGAAAUAGCAGAGAAAGUGAGCUAUCGUGUCAUUGAUGCGGAAGCAGUUCAGUUCAUAGCAUCCGAGUAAAUUGUGAGAUUUGUGAGAGAAAAUCGCCAAAUGGCUAAUAAAAAGUUGUACUGUGA